CUCCCGGCGCCGCGGACGCGCACCGGAGUCCCCUGGUCCUUGGGGGCGGGCGGCGGGGACCCGCGUGCAGGGAGCCGAUGGAGCCGGCGCGGGCGCCCCGGGAGGACGGCGGGGCCGAGGAGCUGCUGGGCGAGCUGGAGCGGCUGGUGAAGGACGUGGUGAGGGCGAGCUCGUGGUGGGAGCGCCGCGGCUUGGACUGCGCCAUCCUGGCACUCAGCCUCCUGGCCGUGCCGGCCGGGCUCCUGUGCCUGCGCUCUGAGAACGUCCUGAUCUUUGCCUUUGGCAUCUCCGUCUUGGGUGUGUGCCACUAUACCCUCACUGUCAAGGGCAGUCACCUGGCCACUCACAACGCCCUCACUGAGUCCAAAUACUGGAACAGGAUCUUAGCACUUUUCUUUGUGGAGGUAUGCACUGCCUUCCCUGCAGAGUAUGCGAAGCAUGGCCACGUCAAGCUGCACCAUGGCUACACCAAUGUGGUGGGUCUGGGGGACUCGAGCACAUGGAAGCUGCCUUGCCUCAACCGCUACAUCUACAUGUUCCUAGCACCCUUCUUAGUCCCCAUUGUAACCCCUCUGGUGGCUCUCGAGCGGCUGAGGAAGGUGGAGCUGAGGUCAGCUCUGCAGACACUGGGCCUGAUUUCCCUGGGCCUCUAUUCCCACUACUGGCUGCUUCUCAAUGUGUCAGGCUUCAAGAGCCCCAGCUCGGCCCUGGCCUGCAUGCUGCUCAUCAGGUGUCUGCUGGCCCACCCCUACCUCCACGUCAACAUCUUCCAGCACAUUGGGCUCCCCAUGUUCUCCUUGGACAAGAAGCCCCGGCGGAUCCACAUGAUGAGUUUGGGCGUGCUUAACCUGCCCCGGCUGCCGGUGCUGGACUGGGCAUUCGGCCACUCACUCAUCAGCUGCCACGUGGAGCACCACCUCUUCCCCACACUCUCGGACAACAUGUGCCUGAAGGUGAAGCCUGUGGUGUCCAAGUUCUUCCGCGAGAAGCAGCUGCCGUACAACGAGGACUCCUACCUGGCUCGCUUCUGGCUGUUCUUCGACCGCUAUGAGGAGUUCAUGGUGCAGGCCCCGCCGAUCACAGAGCUGGUGGGGCUGCAGUGAGGGCUGGGCUCCAGCCCUGGCCCAGCCCUGGUCCUGCUGCUGCUCCUGGCCCCAGGGGUGUGGUGCAGUGGCGGGUCAUGGACCUGGAGCAUGGAGGCCUUGGGCAGGCAGCGGGACAGGCCAGCUCAUGCUGUUUGGUCUUUUGGCACUCAAGGAGUGUCUGGGGGAAGGGAGUAAUGGUGGCUGAGCAACAUGGCCAGUCUGGGUCUCAGCUGGCUCCAUCUCCUUCCUCAGCCCAUCUGAACCUGCAGAGGGCUGAGGGUGGGGGACUGAAGACGAGGCAGCAUCUUGUUUGUGCCCUGGCCGCCUGGGAGACGGGAAGAAGCACACACAGGAGCGUCAGCCCCAUGGGCUGGGGCCUUCCUGGUGCCAGGAAUAUCCCUCACUGGCUCAGCCGCUGUUACUUCCUGCACUGUUUGAGGCCCUGCUCCCCCGAUGUCCCUCUCCCCACAUACAGGGCCAGCCACUUUUGGCAGAGCCCCUGAGUUCCUCAGGCAGAGCAGCUUGUGAGGGACACAGGCUCAGCAGUUCCCAGGACCCACGGGCUCAGCGAGAUAAAAGCAUGUUUCGUGGGGUGAAGCACUCCAGAGGACGUAAGGGGAGCCAAUACCUCAGGGACAGAGCUGGGAAAAGAGUGUACGUAGCUUUAAGCUUGACCUUGGCUAGUUGUAGAAAAGUGCUUUGUUCCAUGAUGUUCAGAAGCAGUGAUCCAGGGAGAGGAAAUUAUGUGGAGGUAGCUGGGGUUCGAGGGGGCUAUGGCAACUGGGUCUUCAGGACAGAUCAACUUAGGAGAGAAAGAAGGAGGAGGGUGAGGUGAGAAAAAGAAGCUUGAAGUUGAGGACAACUUGGCAGUGACAGUCUGUAGGCUGGGCGUGAGGUGGGGGAUGUGAGGGAGCUACUGAUGCCAACCCCAGAAAGAGGCCAACGCGUGGGGGCACCACCGAGAUCGAUCCCAAAGUAGGCAGAGCUGGGCGGCUGGAACUGAGCGGGUGCAAGGAAGUUGUUAGGUGAAGGUUAAGGAAGGGGCAGACAGGCCAGGCCUAGGACAGGAAGCCAGAGCAGUUAUGGCAGGACUUCCCACCCGUCACUGUUGUUGUUUUUUCAAAGAAAACAAGAUAAUAGGAGAGUAACAAUGGUUAAUACAUUGUUUAUUGUUAUCCUGAAAUUAGUUACUCUGAGUACAAGAUAUAGGCAUUUGUUGGUGGUGGUUUUGUUUUUUUUCUGGUACCGGGAAUGGAACGCACGACGUUGU